AUGCCUUGCGUCACGGCCUGGGACAGAGUUUAUAUCAAGAACAUCAAGUGGGAUGUGCACGGAUCCGAUUCGAGGGCGUUUGAUCCUGAUGGGAACUUCGUUGAUGUUAACUUUGAAAGGAUCUUUGAAGAGCACUCCACUGCGCCCAACAAGGACUCACUCUCACUCUGGGAGACACUUGUCAUGCUUUGGAAUCUUCAUAGUGCAAAUGAUUACUUCGGGCCCAUAGCAAGUUUAGCAAGUUGGCUCGUUGCGUGGUACCUCCUUGCGCCUCAAGACGGGAGGAUCCCGAAAGCGCACCUCAGAACGAUAUACGAUGGGUCUGGGUUCCAUUCGAUUGCCAAGCAGGUGGCACUCGGAGGGAAACGCGGACGCGUAGAUCCAACACUCAAGCCUUGA